ACACACACACACACACACACACACACCGGUCAGGUAGCAACAUCGCCGUAUUGCAGACGGACAAGGCUCGUACCCGCGCCAGCCUCACCGGCUCUCCCGCCUCCUCUCCAUCCACCACCACCACCACCCUUCAUCGCCAUCGCUCCCCGUCACUCCAUUCGCCCAUCCGUCCCGCCCGCCCGCGCGCCCGUCUUUUGAUCGACCUCAAGUCUCCUCCCCGUCUCCCGCGCCGGCUCUGCGCCACCGACCAACUAAACUGCAACUGCACAUCUGCCGUUCCUUAAGAAGGGCGACUCCACCCCAGACCUGUCAACCUCGAAGCGCUUCCCGAUCGAGAACCUGGUCCGGUCGGUCCCUUGCGCUGGACACACUGCCGCGUGCAUACAUACCAUACCUACCUACAGUACAAUUUGUUGUGCCUGCACAUCAUCAUACAUACAUACAUACAAACCCAGAGCCAACCCGCACUGCCGGAGCUGCCUGCGAACUUCGUCCUCAUCGCCCCCCGUCCCUCCCUCCGCAUCCGCUUCGGCAUCAGAGAGAGCCGCAUCGCAAUCGUCCUGCCACCGCACGCCCCCCGAGUUACACGCCGCACAGUCGACGUGGCCCAUCCAAGGUCCCUCCUGGCCCCGUCGCCAGUGGAGUUCCAGUGCGCGAGCGCAGGCAAACGGCCAACAACGCCUAGCGGUGCGACAAGCAAGAGACCCAACGCACGCACGCACCCACGAGCGGCACCCCCGGGCGCCUCCUCCAUACCAAGCUGCGAGUCGGCAGCCGCAGAAGUCCAUCUUUGCCCCCGUUUCGACGAGCAAGCGACUGCGCAGCCAGCCAGCCAGCCCGCCGCCGCGCUCGUCACCGCUUGGACAGUAACAGUGCCGUACCGCUUGCUAGGACCACCAACCUCGCAGCCGGCCAACCCUGAGGCGCAGGUAGGAGUCGCAAGGCACGUAGGACCCUCUUCAUCAGGGCCACCCAGGACCCCCGGCCAAGAAAGUCGCCAACCAGACAGACCGCAACACCAGCCAAGCCAAGCCCAGCCCAGCCCAGCCCAGCCCUCGCGUCGCCGCCCACCCACCGCCCUGCCGUCUUACACGCCAGCGAGUCAACGGCCACACACACACACGCACACGCACACGCACACACACACACCACGUCCAGGACCGACCGCCGGCCAAACCCCUCCGACGUCGCAUUCCUCUCUUGCGCCCGCUCGCCCAACCAACCUUCUUCCCCUCUGUUCGCCGUGGAUUGUUCGCAUCCUCGCGCUGCACCAACGACGAGCAACGACGAGCGCCAUUUCCACGACGCGCGCAUCUUCUUGAUUUCUUUCGUGAUUUUUUUUCGGGUUCUCGGCCGAAUCGCCCUUUGAUGGAUAGGAAGUAGCAGCCGCCAGCGCCUUCCUUUGCACCAUCUGUCCAUCAGCCCACGAGACCACUCCGACCGAGCCUCUUCGCACCCGCCUCGACCUAAGAGCGGCGGAUUGCGCCAAGGACUGCGCGAACCUAAACCUGCGAUCAGGCAGAAACCUCCCGCCGCCGCCGACCGCAACUUCCACCGCCACCACCUCGUUGCGAGGCCGCCCCCCGGCAAUAGGCGCUCCAAGAGCCGACUCUGCCGUCAUGGCCCAGCACGGGUUCCAUCAGUUUGGCAACGCCAACGCGGCCAACAUCGACCCCAACGACCUCGCCAUGAACAGUGGCUACCCCCCUUCCUUCUCCAACAAUAACAACUUCAACUCCAACUCCGCCAAUGCUCCCAAUGGCUUCUCGAGCGGCUCCGCCAUUUUUGGUGAUGAUGAGCUGCUCGACGGCCUCGCCAGCCCCUCCGACGGCCAAGGGGGUAUGCACGGCCAGGGCGGCCAGGACUUCCCCGGCAUGAACAUGGCUUUCUCCCAGGGCGCCUUCCAGUCACACAGGGGAUCGGGUCUGCAGAUUGACCCCAACCAUAUCAACGGCUUCUCCAACACGCCCGAUGGCGACCCGAUCCAGAGCCCGUACGCGGCCGGCUUCAACGCGCAAUUCCGACAGAUGCAGGGCAGCCACGCCCUCGGUACCUCGCUUCACUCCCCCCUGUCCUAUUCGGGGUCUCCGCUGGCCGGAGGAGAGAUGGCCGAUGGCAGCGAUCCGAACUUCCUCAAUGCCAAGGCGAGAGCCCGCAUGUCCGCGCAGCAGAUGCAGCGCAAGGCAUCCAACAACCGCAACCCGAUGACGCCCAAGACCACCAGCAUGCACAGCAUCCCUAUUGGCUCCCAAGACUCCCCGGGCUUCGGCGCCCAGCCCAUGCGCCAUUCGGCCAGCCAUGACAAAUCCCCGUCUGGUCAGUGGGUGAACACGCCAACCGGCAGCAUUCCCGCGUCUUAUAACUCCGGCUUCUCUUCCCCGAUGCAGCAGGGCAUGGUUCCCCUCAAUGAAGUCAUGCUAAAGGGUGGCACAUCCAUGCCAGCCAAGCUUGGCGUCCCAGGUGCCGCGGUCUCGACCCAGGAGAUGAAGCGGAAGCGCCGACGCGAAUCCCACAACCUUGUCGAGCGUCGCCGUCGCGAUAACAUCAACGAAAGAAUCCAGGACCUCAGCAAGCUCGUCCCUUCGCACCGGCUCGAGGAUGACAAGAUUCGGAAGCUUAUCCAGAACGGCACGCCGCUUUCUCCCACCCUCGCCGGCAUCUCCAGUCCCACACAGGCCACGUCCAGUCUUGCCGGUCCCGGAGCGCGACGUGCCGCCGGGGGCAACGCUGGCAAUAUCACCACCGGCCUGCCCAUCGAGGACAAGGACAAGGGCCCCAACAAGGGCGACAUCCUCAACGGUGCCGUCAGCUGGACCCGUGACCUGAUGUGGAUGCUGCACCUCAAGCUUCAACAGCAAGAGGAGCUGAUGAACACCAUUGCCGAACUCGGUGGCCACUUUCCGUUCGAGCUUACCGAAGACGAGAGGCGCAUGCAGUCUGAGCUCAUGGACGCCAUCACCAGGAACGAGAGCGGCACCUUCUCGUACUCGCGUACGGCAGGAUCUGGCCUCCGCGUCCCCAACCACACAGACUACCGAGGUGACCCCAUGAACAGCCUGACAGCAAACAUGGAUUCUAUUGGCCUAACGCCCGAAGAUAACGGCAACAUAGCCCUGGGUGGGGAUAUAGGAGAUACGGCGCAGUUCUGGCACGACCCCGAUGACGACGGCAGCGGCAACGCCUCCCUCAACUUCAAGGAAGAGGACGAAUACGAGAUGGACAUGACUCACUAGUCUUGCUGUCUUGAUGUGUCGAUUUGGCGAUGCACCAUUGCCGUGCUCAUUUUCCCAUUGCGUUGCGAUGCUCUCUUCAUCCCUACUAUUUCGGAGCGCUGGCCUUCCUGGCUCGUCUUUGUUGAUUUCUUUCUACUUAUAUCCUGGUAUCGGUUGGGACAAGGUUUUCUCUUUCCUAUUUUUGCAUGCGGGAUAUCCCUACCCUGCCCGGCGGCGUUGAGGGUCAUUUAGAGCUUGGCGACUGGUGGCCCUGCUGAUUUCAUGGAGUGUGUUACUGGAGCGGGCAUGGACAUCGGGCAUGGGUUACUAUAUACAAGGGGUCUCAUCUAUACAGCGGCGGAUAUAUCUUUGCUACCGGUUUGCAUGGCUUUUUUCCCCUCUUCUUUCUUCUUAUUUUCCUUCUCUUUCCUGCGUCUGCGCGCUGGCUACUGCCUGCCUGCCUGUCUUUGCUGGGGGAGAGGUGGAUGGUCUGGAGAGCUGGCCGUUGACGGCCGCGUUUCAGCUAGUCGCUGGCGCCCUAUGACACCACCGAGUUGUCGGAUGUGUUGGGAUACAGGAACGAUCACCUACUGGCUAUCUUCGGGACUUUGCUGUUGCGAACUCUUGUUGGGGCACUCGACCGCUGGUGUUUGUCUGUACUUUCUGCUAUUGGUAUUGCUCUUUUAAUUGACUGCUACCAUUAAUUUAUUCCCA